AUGAACAACACAACCGGCUUGGCACUGGUAGGAGCAGGCAGCCGGGAGGAGUUACCGGCGCACCGAGCUUUAACGGGUUGCGUCCUGGCUCUGCUCAUCAUCUGGACGCUUCUCGGCAACUUCACGGUGUGCGCAGCCGUUUGUCGCUUCCGGCACCUGCGUUCCAAAUUAACCAACAUCUUCAUCGUGUCGCUGGCUCUGUCGGACCUCCUGGUCGCCGUGCUGGUGAUGCCGUGGAAAGCUGUGGCUGAGGUAGCCGGUUUCUGGCCGUUUGGAGGGUUUUGUAAUACCUGGCUGGCCUGCGACAUCAUGUGCUCCACGGCCUCCAUCCUCAACCUGUGCGUGAUUAGUGUGGAUCGAUACUGGGCCAUCUCUAGCCCCUUCCUCUAUGAGAGGAGUAUGAACAAGAAGGUGGCCUCUGUUAUGAUCGGCGUGACUUGGACAGUCUCCGUGGUCAUCUCCUUCGUUCCCGUGCAGCUGAACUGGCACCGGGCGGAGCUCGGUGUCCCGUCCGGGGAGGAUUUGACAUUUCAACGUAAGAGUGUUGAUGGGAGCUGUGACUCCAGCCUGAGCCGCACGUACGCCAUCUCUUCCUCUCUCAUCAGCUUCUACAUCCCCGUUGCUAUCAUGAUUGUCACAUACACCCGCAUCUACCGGAUAGCCCAGAUGCAGAUUCGGAUGAUAUCCUCCCUGGAGCGGGCGGCGGAGCACGCGCAGAACUGCCGCUCGGAUGUACCUGAACUGUUUCCUCACCUGUGCGCGGAAAUCAGUGCCAACUCUUAUCAAUCUCACAUCAGGCUUCAUCCUGAUUAUCAGCCCUCUAACCCCUUACACCGCGAGCUCAAAGUCUCCAUAAGAAAAGAGACAAAAGUCCUAAAAACUCUGAGCAUCAUCAUGGGUGUUUUUGUCUGCUGCUGGCUGCCGUUCUUCGUCCUGAACUGCGCUCUACCCUUCUGUCCCGGACCAGGAGCCCCGGGCGCCCAGCGUGGCCCUUACUGUGUCAGUGAAAAAACCUUCGAUGUCUUCGUGUGGAUCGGCUGGAGCAACUCAUCCCUGAACCCGAUCAUCUAUGCGUUCAACGCGGACUUCAGAGACGCUUUUCUGCGCCUGUUGCGCUGCCACGGACGAGGGUGCUGGACAGCGGUGGAGACGGUGAUGGCGAGCAACGACGCCGGACAACUGAAGCAGGAGAGCCCGCUGAACGUGAAGCUGGGCAUCUCCUGCGCCACGAACACCAGGGGAAGCGAGGAUAGCGGGAACACCACGGUGACUGUGUUUUAUCACAGAGGGACUACCUCGGAGCAGGUGCUGGACACUGAGGAGAGUAAGGACAAAGACAGACUGACGCAGAUACCCUUAUAGUUGACACACCUGCGGAAAUUCCGUGUGAGGGGUCAGGGAGCAAAGGGUGUGCACUUCAUACAAAGGAAGGGGAGAGGUUGCCACACACUGAAUUUGGUAAAUAUUUAAUGAUGCAAACUUUGUCCUACAAGGUAUUCACCAGGCAAACAUCCAUGUGAACAAAAGCAACAGACAAAAAUGAAAGCUCCUCCUACAAUUAGGAGUUUACAUGAUAACACCCAUUAUCCCAAAACAAUUUACUAUGCACACAAACAGACAUAAUGUCCUAAAUAAAGGAGCAGAGGACAUCGUGUUUUUUUUUCAAAUAAAAAAGGAGGAUAAUGGGUGCCAUGUGAUCUCGUCAUUGUAGGUGGAGCUGACAUUCUUUGUCUUUAUAGAUUCAUUUUUGUGCACAAGGGAUGUUUGCCUGACAAAAAUCUUUACUAUUUAAACUUUGCAUCAUUCAAUUUUGGGCGCUUGCAAAGAAAUUUGCAUCCGGGCAACCUCUCCUUUACCUUAGCAGGAGGCCAGGCCUGGGUUAAGAAGGUGAUGCCCUACUGCAAGAACGAGAUAGGAGACAUGUUGAGUAGGUUUUAUAAUUAUUCUUAAACCAAAGUUAAAUCAAGUGAAAAAGAAAUUAAAAAUAGGUGUAAUUUAAUUUUCCCUUUAUGUGGCACUUAUUUGAAUAAUUCUCUAAG